AUGACCGACGCAGUGGGUUACCCUGAGGGCAGCCGCGAGUUCACGAGGCUCCUGGGCCCAGGAGUCGGUUACGGCGUCGUCGUUGGCGUGGGAGCCUUCUUCGCGAUCGCGAUGAUCCUCCUCACUCGGGUUCAAGCCAAGUUCUCCCGUCUCGAUCCCGGCUCGGCCAACGAGUUUGCGACGGCGUCGAGGAGUGUCAAGCCCGGCCUGAUUUGCUGCGGCAUCGUCUCGGCCUGGACAUGGUCGGCCACCCUGCUGCAGUCGUCCGCCUCGACCUACGCCAACGGCCUUUCGAGUUCUUGGCAGUACGCGGUAGGCGGCUCGUUGCAGAUUGCUGUCUUUGCGGCCGUCGCCGCCAAGGUCAAGCAGAAUGCCGGCGGAGCCGUCACGUUCGCCGAGAUCGUGCGGGCGCGUUACGGCCGCGCGUGCCACCUCCUCUUUACGUUCUACUCGCUCGUCUGCGCACACAUCGUCACGGGCUCGCUCAUCCUCGGCGCCUCGGCAACCUUCAACGCAAUGACGGGCGCCAACAUCAUCGCGUGCAACUUCCUCCUGCCGCUCGGGAUCGCUGUCUACGUCGUCGCGGGAGGACUACGGGCGACGUUCAUCGUGGACUUCUUGCACACAGUUUGCGUCUUCGUCAUCCUCUACAUCUUCGCGUUCACGCUGUACGGCUCCUCGGACGUCAUCGGCUCGCCGGGCAAGCUGUACGACCUCCUCCAGCAGGCCGCCGUCCUCGCUCCCGUCGACGGCAAUGCCGGCGGAUCCUACACGACGAUGAACUCGCAGGGGGGUAUGCUUUUCGGCGGCUGCACGAUCGCGACAGGGUUCGCCGGCGUCGUCUGCGACCAGGGCUAUUGUUGCGUCAUGAGCAAGGCGGCCGGGGCCGUGCAACGCGCCAUCGCCUCACGGCCCGAGUCGACGACCAAGGCGUACAUGCUCGGCGCCAUCAGCUGGUUCUCGAUCCCGUUCGCCUUUGGCACGAUGAUGGGCUUGGGGGCUCGAGCGCUCGUCACGAACCCGGCGUUCCCGACGUACCCGUACGCGCUGUCGGCGUCGCAAGUUUCCGCCGGGCUCGUCGCGCCGGCCACUGCGGCGACCCUCAUGGGCAAGUCGGGCGCCAUCGCGGUCCUGCUCAUCGUGUUCAUGGCUGCAACUUCGGCGUGCUCGGCCGAGCUCAUCGCCGUCUCGUCGCUCGUUGUGCGUGACUGCAUCGGCAUGUACAAGACGCUCUCGGGCCACCAGAUGGUCUUUGCGAGUCACUGCGUGAUCGUCGGCUACGCCAUCUGGGGCGGCGCCUUUUCCUGCAUCCUCCACGUCGCGAGCAUCGACCUCGGCUGGCUCUUCUACGUCCAAGGCGUCCUCCUCACGCCUGCUGUUGUGCCCAUCGCGAUGACGGUCAUCUCGAAGCGGCAGAGCAAAUACGCCGCGUUCUACGGCACCCUGUUCGGCACGGCAUGCGGCUUGUUCGGCUGGCUCUACGGCUGCAAGCGCAUCUACGGCGAGGUCAACGUCGCCAACCUCGCCCUCCCGUACUCGGCCAUCUCGGGCUCGGCACCUGGCCUCGUCAUGUCGAGCCUGGCUUCUUUCAUCAUCACCGCCAUUAAGCCCGACAACUACGACUGGAAAGGGACAAGGGCCAUCGCCCUCUCGGACUCGAACGAGCCGGCCGAGGGUACCGUGGUCAAGGCGUCGGCCGACACCGACAGCGAGGCUGAGAAGAAGGACGAGCCGACCGGCGAGGCGCGAAUUGCCGACUCGGACGAGGUCCUCCCGCCGACGAUGGAGGAGCAGGCCGCCGCCAACCCGCCGCUCGACCUCGCCAAGCUGCAGCGCACUUUCGUGCGCGCAUGCUGGAUCUCGGGCAUCUUCUCGUUCAUCGUCACCAUCGUCAUCCCACUUCCGCUCUUCUUCUCGCACUACAUCUUCUCGAGGCGGUUCUUCGAGGCUUGGUGCGGCGUGUCUCUCGCCUGGGUCCUCCUCGCCGGUAUCUUCUGCAUGAUCCUGCCGGUGUGGGAGUCGCGCAACGAGGUCUUCAUCCUCGCACGGUCAACGCUGCGGGUGGCCUCGGGCCGCACGAGGAAGGAGCAGGCCGUCGCUUGA